UAGGACGCUCACGCCCCACGAUUAUGAGUUGCGGAUUUGCUGCUGUCGGGCUAAAUCUGUUCGGCCAGCCAAUGCAGCUAUACUAGAGGCCUCUGCCUGUACUUCCUGCGUAUGCUAUAAGUUUACAGUACAUAUCAGCUCAUUUGUGUUCUGGCACGCUAGUUGCAACUUUCACCAGAUGCACAGGUAUCGGCUGGUGUGUCCAGAUGACUCAUCAGGAGCAGCAGGAGAUCCUGUUUAGGGAGAGCCUGGAGGCAGCUAUGUCCUGGAUGAAGGCCGUCCAGGAACGGCUCCGGCUCAACGACAACACCCAGGGCCCCCGGGCUGCCCUGGAGGCCAGACUCAGAGAGACAGAGAAAAUCCACCAGUCGGAGCACGAGGGUCAUUUGAAGUUUGACAAGGUGCUUGUGGCUGCAGAGGUCUUACUGCAGAACGGUAACCAGGAGACGAGGAACAUCACCCAUGCCAGACUCAAAGAACUCAAAGCAUUAUGGGAGGAGACCUGCACCUACAUCAUCCACUGCCACAGCCGUAUAGAGUGGGUGUGGCUGCACUGGAGUGAGUACCUGAAGGCCUAUGAGGAGUUUGAGAUGUGGCUGGUCAGCGUGUGUCGCAGUCUGGAGCCGGAGGUGGAGCUGCAGCUGGGGGUGAAGGAGAAAUUGUGGCAGGUAGAAAACCAGCGCGUCCUGCUGAGUGACGUCCAGAACCAGGCACUGUUGCUGGAGAGGCUGGUGGACGAGGCUGCAGCGCUGAACAACCGCAUCCAGGAUCCCAGUGUGGACCAGGAAGCACAGGAGAGACUCCAGCUGGUCUAUAACAGCAUACGGGACAAGGCUGAUGAGAGGCUGUCGGUGCUGCAGAAGAUGGCUGAAGAGCACCAGAUGUACCAGAGAGACGUCCUGAAGUUCCAGGCCUGGCUGGUGUCCAAGACUAAGGAGCUCAACACCCUCACUGAGACAGAGGACACAGCCGAGAACAAACUCCGAACUCUACAGACCCUGGAUGACAACGUGGCCAGUGAGGAGAGGACGCUGCAGCACAUUGAGGUCAUGGCGGAGGCAGUGCGGGCCAACACGUCCCCCAGGGGGGCAGAUGUGGUGGUGGAGGAAGCAGAGGAGCUGCGUCUGGACUGGCAGAGGCUGAGACAGAGCCUGUGUGAGGCCGGAGAGGGCCUGAAGAGCAGCCUGGAGUCUCAGAGCCAGUACCAGAGCCGCUGCCAGCGUCUAGGGGAGGACAUCGGGCAGCUCCGGGGCCUGCUCCACAGACUGACCAGAGACCUGGAGACAGCCAGGGAGGGAGACAGGACCAGAGACCUGGAGACAGCCAGAGAGGGAGACAGGACCAGAGAUCUGGACACAGCCAGGGAGGUAGACAGGACCGGAGAUCUGGACACAGCCAGGGAGGGAGACAGGACCAGAGACCUGGAAACAGCCAGGGAGGGAGACAGGAUUGAGGAACAGAUGGUUGGGCAGUGGAGGAAAUACAUGAACAUCCGGAAUACUUUAUUGGCAGAGGAAUCCCAGGUGGAGCUCCUCAAGGCCCAGCUUAAAGAACUCUUCCGCUUUUCCCAAGAUUCCCAGCAUCUCUCUGACGACGUCCUGGCUGUGGUGAAGGAACAGCAGAGUGUGAAGUGUCGUGCGAUGAAGCUAUGUGUGGAGUCAGAGUUGGGGCUGAGACAAGUGCUGCAGGACCCUCUGCAUGGAUUCUCUCAGUGGAGUCAGGUUGUCUCUCAAGUGCUGGAGUCUUCUGCUGAAGUGUCUGAGUUCUCACACGUCGCCAUGCUGGUGCAGAACAUCCAGAGGUUGCUGAAGCACAGUCUGCAGCUGCAGGAGCAGUUGCGUUUGAUGCUGUUGAAGAGAGAUCUGCUGUGUUCAGUGUUCGGCUCAGACAGUGCAGAGAGUCUAAUGACAGCGCUCAAUGACUCUGUGAGGAAAAGGGAGUUACUGCACAACGGGCUGCUGCAGAGGAAAGCAAGACUGCAGGGUUUGAUCUCAAGGACAAAGGACUUUGGGGACGCCUGCAAGUCAAUCAGGAACAAGCUGACCCUGCUGAGAGAGAGACUGAUCUCAUCAGACAGCCUCCAGCCAGACAUACUGGCCAAGAAGAGCCAGUCAGACCAGCAACGGGUGAUCAAGAAGGACUUGGAGGACUGUGAGGCCCACAUCACAGCUCUGGAGACUCUGGUGUCGUCAAGCUCUGCUAACAGGACACAGUUUGAGAGGCUUUACGGGGACUGGAGAAUCCUUUACAAGUCCGUCAGGGUAAAGGUGAAGGAGAGUGAGGAGAGCAUCGGGGGGCAUGAGAGUUUCCACGUGAGCCUGCUAAACGUGGAGAAGUGGUUGAUGAUUAUGAGGCAGAAGCUGGAGUCCUACCGCAGUUCUACUGGGGAGUGGAGCUUGGACAACAGACAGCAAGAGGCCGAGAGGGCACUAGGUGAGUUCCCAGAGAAGGAACUGCAGCUGCACCAGACAGAGGUUCAGGGCCAGGGGGUGCUGGAGAGGACCUCUGAGGAGGGCCGGGUGCACAUCCUCAGGGACAUGAAGCACCUGAGGGAGUCCUGGAUGGCCCUCCAUGACCUCAGCCUCAACCUCUUCAGGCUGCUGAAUGGGCACAGCUCUGAGGACCCUGACUUAGACACCCAGAGGGAGAGGGUGAGAGGCCAGGCUGGGGAGAGGCCAGGCCCAGGCAGGGAGCUCUUUCCUGGGGAGGGAGGAGACAUGAUUAAGGGUAGUGGCUCCAGCAGCAGUAUGGAGGGUGCUCCAGAGAGAUCCCCAGGAGAGGGCCAUGGGGUCUGGCUCUCUCAGAGCUCUGGGGUAGGGGCUGGGAGAGGGGGAAGAACAGGGUUAGGAGGAAGGUUGGAGCAAGGGGAAGGAGGGGAGAGUUUUGGAGCAGAAGAGGGUAUUUGGGUCGACGGAGAGUUUGAGGGCAGUAUGGAGGUUAUGGAUCUCUCUGAACAUAGGGAGAGACAGGGCAGGGAUCGACAGACUCUUGGUCAACAACUGAGUCCUAUGACGUUAACCUUGGCAGGCAGUCAGAGACUGGGACAGGGCGGUGGGAGUGGGGACAGGGAGAGGGAAAGGGAGAAGAAGAGGGGUGGCGGUGAGCACAGCCUGGGUGUAGAGGAGGUGGACUCCUCCAUCGUUUGGAGAGGGGGGUACAGUCAGAGGGGAGAGGAGGGAACCACAGGGAUGACAUCAGGCCACACGGGGGGCAGAAGCACCCAUGGUGGAGGAGGAUUGGUGGUGGGGGACUCUGGCUCCAGGGUUAGUGGGGUAGUGGUGGGGGACUCUGGCUCCAGGGUUAGCGGGGUAGUGGGGGACUCUGGUUCCAGGGUUAGCGGGGUGGUGGGGGACUCUGGCUCCAGGGUUAGCGGGGUGGUGGGGGACUCUGGCUCCAGGGUUAGUGGGGUGGUGGGGGACUCUGGCUCCAGGGUUAGUGGGGUGGUGGGGGACUCUGGCUCCAGGGUUAGUGGGGUAGUGGUGGGGGACUCUGGCUCCAGGGUUAGCGGGGUGGUGUGGGACUCUGGCUCCAGGGUUAGCGGGGUGGUGGGGGACUCUGGCUCCAAGGUUAGCGGGGUGGUGUGGGACUCUGGCUCCAUGGUUAGCGGGGUGGUGGGGGACUCUGGCUCCAGGGUUAGCGGGGUAGUGGUGGGGGACUCUGGCUCCAAGGUUAGCGGGGUGGUGGGGGACUCUGGCUCCAGGGUUAGUGGGGUGGUGGGGGACUCUGGCUCCAGGGGGGUUAGCGGGGUGGUGGGGGACUCUGGCUCCAGGGUUAGCGGGGUGGUGGGGGACUCUGGCUCCAGGGUUAGCGGGGUGGUGGGGGACUCUGGCUCCAAGGUUAGCGGGGUGGUGGGGGACUCUGGCUCCAGGGUUAGUGGGGUGGUGGGGGACUCUGGCUCCAGGGUUGGUGGGGGCGGGGUGGUGGGGGACUCUGGCUCCAAGGUUAGCGGGGUGGUGGGGGACUCUGGCUCCAGGGUUAGCGGGGUGGUGGGGGACUCUGGCUCCAGGGUUAGCGGGGUGGUGUGGGACUCUGGCUCCAAGGUUAGCGGGGUGGUGGGGGACUCUGGCUCCAGGGUUAGUGGGGUGGUGGUAGUAGAUGUGUCUGAGUCCAGCAGUAGUGGGCAGACAGAGGAGUGGGUGGAUGGGCAGAGGUCCAGAGGAAUGGCUGAAUCCCUGGCCAUGGAGGUAGAUGUGGGGUUUGGGUCAGGCUCUGGGUUAGAGCACAGCAGCAGAGGGAACUACGACAAGGGAACAGGUGGAAUGAGAGACCACAGUGAAGGGGGACAUCUGCGACACAGAGGCUUUUUCCCACCUAUCAAGACCAGGAUGGAGGAUUCAGUCAUGGAUGGUCUCACUCUGUCAUUCCAGCAAGGCCCUGCUAGAAAACCCUCUGGAAGGCUACAGGGCUCAAGUCACCACACCACGGCAGAUGUUGGGGCAACCCUGAGUGCAGGGGACUACGAGGACAGGAGGAGGGAGUUUGAGGCCUGGCUACAGAAGGAGAACGAUACACUCUCAGGGAUUCUGAGCACAGAGGGAUUGCUGAGCACCAAAGAACUCAAGAUCAGGCAGAACACACUCAUGACCUUACGGUCCAGUGUAGACUGGGGUCAGGAGCAGUUCCAGCUACUACUGAUGGCUUGGGCUGUAGCCGGGGCCAGGGCUGACCGUGGGGCUGAGGAUGUGGGCAUGGAGGAGAUACGUUAUCGCUGGAUGCUCUACAAGUCCAAACUGAAGGAUGUAGGAGACCUCAAGGCCCUGUUGAAUGUCAAGCAGGGUGCCGGUGCUGCUGGCCGGGAGGAACACACCAGGACAGCUAAGGAGAAGACUCCAGGCCUGCUGUACCGUGUGUGUCGGGUGGCCCUGCCCCUCUGGCUCCUGCUGUUGGCUCUGCUCCUCUUUGCCUUCUUCCUGCCCUGGAUGGACGAAGCCUCCAGCUGCUCUCUGUCCAACAACUUCGCCCGCUCCUUCAACAUCAUGCUCCGUUACCAUGGACCUCCACCCACAUAGGAAAGGAGAUAUAGGAUUAUGAAGACCAUUGCUCUUCACCCUCAAUCCAUUCUGUGCGUAUGUGUCAGUUUGGGUCAGUGAGUGUGUGUCAGUGUGUGAAUACGUUUCUGCUGUAGGUGUCAGUGUGUGGGUGGGUGACCUCAGCUGUUCUCACACAGUCAGGCCAAUUCAGAUCCUCUAUCACACAGGCUGGCAGCACUUCACAGAGAACAGCACUCCACACUCCUAUUCACACUACUACAGUAGCUAAUGGCCACCAAACACUUAGCAUAAUGUUGGAGUAGUGAGCGGAGGUGAUGUGGGAUAAGGAGGUGGAUUAUUAUUGCCUUUAUUUAAGGGGUGAAAUGAUGCUUACAUGGUCUUAGAUAUCUUAGAUAACUAACUGAGUGUGAUCUGUCAUAUACCAAAAAUACCGAUCAUGGUUUGCUGCCAUUUUAAAGAAUGGCGUGGAUAACACUUUUUUAAAACUGCCUUUAACCCGGAUAAAUAACAUUAUGCUUUUUGAAACUGCCUUUAACCCUGAUAAAUAACAUGAUGCUUUUUUAAACUGCCUUUAACCCUGAUAAAUAACAUGAUGCUUUUUUAAACUGCCUUUAACCCUGAUAAAUAACAUGAUGCUUUUUUAAACUGCCUUUAACCCUGAUAAAUAACACUAUGCUUUUUUAAACUGCCUUUAACCCUGAUAAAUAACAUGAUGCUUUUUUAAACUGCCUUUAACCCUGAUGAAUAACAUGAUGCUAUUUUAAACUACCUUUAACCCUGAUAAAUAACAGUAUGCUUUUUUAAACUGCCUUUAACCCUGAUAAAUAACAUGCCUUUUCUUCUUGGAUGAGUGUAAAAUGUUUUUAGAGCUUUAUUUUGAACCUGUACAUGAUGCCUGUUGCACAGAUGACCUUUAUCAAUUGUAGCACUGAGUUAAUGACAGUCUAGCGCUUCAAAGAUCAGGAAUAGUUGACAUUCUAGAUGCAGGAUGUUCUCAUGUCCACCGAAACUCAAUAUCUGUUCUAUCAUGAGUCAACUCAAAUCUAACACAUACCGAUGACAAUUAAGCAAAUCAGUCAGUAAUGGUAUACAGGAUGUCCCACUUCUGACUGUCCAAAUAUACAUCCUAAUUGUACUGUACUGUACUUUACUGUACUGUAGGCAUGUUUCAACCAUAUGCUUCCCUUUCUCAAGGUUCUAUGCUAUAUUUGAACACUUUCGUAAUGAUCCCUUGGCACAGUUAAACCGUUUGGUGAAUAUAGCAAUUAUAAAGCCUUGUACUAUGGCCCCUGACUUUCUCUUGGACCACAGACAGAAUGUUCUAGAUGCCAAAUUUACUUUGGUUUUUAUACGUAAUGUUCAGCAGGGCCCAGAUUAUAAGAUGGAAAUAGCCGCUGUUAUGGGAGAGGGGCCUUUUUUGAGCAGAUUCUUAAAAUGAUGCAAUGAACCUCUCAACCUUGACUUUUCCCCCUCGUUCUCUGUUGCUCGCUCGCGCUCUCUUUUUAUCUCCCCUCUCUCUCCCCCUCUGUUUCUAUUUCCCCUCUUUCUCCCCCGCUAUUUCUUCCUCUCUCUUUCUACCAUCUCCCUCCUC